CAUAUUCAUUACAGUCCCAAAGCAGGGGAUCUUGUUUUCACGAAUCUUUGCCGGUCUAUGAAAUCUCGAUUAAAGCUAUUCUACACAUGUUACGAAUUGCGUGUGUGAUCGCUUCCGCUGCACUAGCAGCGGCUGCAUCCCUGCAUAUCGAAGGCCACCGCAACGGACCUCUUAUCUUACAAGAUGCGGGCGACUUCUUCGUGGGUGGUCGCGAAGUGAAAACUUUAGUGAAUACCGGUGACCGCUCGAACCCUUUAUUUGAUUAUCCUGCGGAAGACUGGAUCUCGGUGGACCAAAUGUACGUGGAGUAUCAAAUUCCGAUGAAUGGAUCCAACCACCUCCCAUACAUUCUUGUCCACGGCUGCUGCCUCAGCGGGAAAACAUACCAGGAUACGCCCGACGGUCGCAUGGGUUGGGCCGAAUACCUUGUGCGAAAAGGCCACCCCGUCUAUGUGCCCGAUCAGACGUCUCGAGCUCGCUCCGGCUUUGACCCGACCAUUUUCAAUCAAGUUCAGCUUGGAGAGGUGGCCCCGUCGGCCCUACCGAAAGUCGAGAUUGUCGGUCGCGAGCGUGCCUGGGAUCUCUUCCGCUUCGGAUACACUUACCCCCAGGUUUUCCCAGGCCUGCAAUUUCCCAUCGAGGCCAUGGCACAACUCUCCAAGCAAGUAAUUCCCGACCUGAACGCCCUGCUACCAGUUUCGAAUCCCACAUACGCCAACCUGGCGAGCUUAGCCAGUAAGGUACACGGUGCGGUGCUGGUCGGACACUCGGAGUCUGCGUUCUUCCCCUUCUAUGCAGCCCUGAACAAUUCUUCGGCUGUCAAGGGCAUCGUUUCGAUCGAGGGACAAUGUCCCACGCUCACAGACGAGGAGAUAGCUGUGCUGGCGACAAUCCCUACAUUGUUUGUUUAUGGCGAUUACCUUGAUCAAGCUAAGGUUUCUCGCAAACUCUGGCCACAGUCACUUCAGGGCUGUCAGACUGUUGUGGAUCGGCUCACUGCUGCCGGGGGAAAGGCUUUUAUGGCGGAGCUACCGAAACUGGGCAUUUACGGGAAUAGUCAUAUGAUGAUGCAGGAUAAGAAUAAUCUCCAGAUUGCGGAUUUGAUCAUGGAUUGGAUGGAAAAGAAUGUAUAUAACUGAGCUUGAACUCUGUUAUCUUGCAAAUUAUUGAAUAUAUUGACCUACCAAAUUAGACCAUCAUGUCAAAUGGCUUUUGGUCAAGUGAGAA